AUGGAUAGGAAGACGAAACUGGAUGUCACCUGCGCCGCCGCCGCCUCCGUCGCUGCACAGCCUCUGGAAAAUGCCUAUGCCUUAAUUGACUCGGUCGAGACUUUCAUCUUCGAUUGUGAUGCAGCUUCUUUGAUUAUCUUGCUUCCUUUCCUUUUCAAUGUCGCUGUUGACUGCAAAACGCUAAAAAGAGACGUGAAAGCCCUGAAUGAAAUUAAAGCAUCUCUUGGAUGGAGGGUGGUGUAUGCAUGGGUUGGAGAUGAUCCAUGUGGAGAUGGUGAUUUACCAGCCUGGUCUGGAGUCACCUGCUCCACACAAGGUGAUUAUAGAGUAGUUACUGAACUGGAAGUAUAUGCAGUGUCAAUCAUUGGACCUUUCCCUACUGCUGUAACCAAUCUUUUGGAUCUUACAAGACUGGAUCUCCACAACAAUAAGUUGACUGGUCCAAUUCCACCUCAAAUUGGGCGUUUGAAGCGUCUUAAAGUUCUUAAUUUGAGGUGGAACAAGUUGCAGGAUGUGAUUCCUCCUGAAAUAGGCGAACUAAAGAAACUAACACAUCUGUACUUGAGUUUCAAUAGCUUUAAAGGUGAAAUCCCAAGGGAGCUUGCUAAUCUUCCGGAUUUACAAUAUCUUCAUCUUCAUGAAAAUCGCUUCAUUGGUCGAAUCCCAGCAGAAUUGGGCACCUUACGAAAUCUUCGCCACCUAGAUGUUGGUAACAAUCACUUGGUUGGAACUAUAAGGGAGCUGAUACGUAUAGAAGGAUGUUUUCCGGUUCUUCGGAAUCUUUAUCUUAAUAAUAACUAUCUGACCGGAGGAAUUCCAGCACAGCUUGCCAACUUGACUAAUCUGGAAAUUUUGUAUUUAUCUUACAACAAGAUGUCGGGGAUUGUGCCAGCUGGACUUGCUCAUAUUCCCAAGCUAACUUACUUGUACCUGGAUCACAACCAAUUGAGUGGGAGGAUUCCAGAUGCUUUCUACAAGCACCCUUAUCUCAAAGAACUAUAUAUCGAAGGGAAUGCAUUCCGACCAGGUGUGAAUCCAAUUGGGAUUCACAAAGUACUCGAAUUAUCAGAUUCUGAUUUCUUGUUUUAGUCACCCAAAACCCAACAAUUUUAUCUUCACUUAAAUAUUAUUUUAGUGUCACGAAAACGAAAAUGGAUACAAAAAAUUCAUUUUUUAUUUCUGUUUCCUAUAAUCAAUCCACAAUGCACGUCUCUAAUUAAUUACACGUAGAUGAGUACAAGUUAUGAAGUGCAAAAUGUGCAUUGGUACUUGUACCUUGCUUUUUGUUGUUUACUAUCCUAUUAAAUUAUGCCGGAG